AUGGCUCCGAAGGGGCGCCGAGGAGUGCUAGUGACCACCUCCAAAGCGAAGAGAGCGAAAACUGAAGAAGAGAAUGAACGACUCCAAUCUCAGAAAGAGUGGGAAGACUUGGAGCAAGAAGCCAAGCAGAUUGUUCGCCUGCGGGUGGCUGCUGAAAAUGGAAGACAGUCGGCGGCUUACGACGAUGUGGCCGUGGCAGAUGCGGAGGUCAUUGACAAGGCACCCACAGGACCCACAGACUCUAGCCGCAUCACUGGUCCGGAGAAGAAGGAUGACAUAGACAAGUCAGACAGCGACAAUGAGAAGGAACCGACAAGUCCUCAUGAGGAAGAGGGAACCACUGGCCAGCCUAAAGCCCGUGCUCGGAAGCGUGCUGGAAAGAAGAAGUCUGGAGCACAGAAAAAGCGCGAGAAGGUGGCGAGAGAAGAAGGAUUGGAUCCAAAGCGACAGAAGGAGGAGGAUGAUGAUCGAUGGUUGAAGCUGCGGCUAGCAGGAGAAGAAAAGCCUCGAAGGAUCGAUGCCAAUCGCAUAGUCUCGUACUACGACUUCGAUGGUCGUGGAAAUCCUAUUCGGAAGGUUCCUGGAGUAUCAUUUGACACGGCCGACGACGAGGAGGAUUUUAUCCCUGGAGAUCGCCUGGCGACGAACAACUCCGGUAACUUCCGAGCAAGCUUACGAGGGGAUCUUUGGGCAGAGGACAGCGAUGAGAGCUGA